AUGGCAUUCUCUAGAGUGGCCGCCCUAGCCUGCGCGCUGCCCCUGGUGGCGCUCGUCCUGACGUCUUUCUGCCUCAACGCCUCCGCCGAGCUCGCCCCCGAGGCUGCCUCGUCCGCCCUUGCCGCCCCCGGCGAUCUGGCUCAGCUUGACGCCGCUGAUUCCCUUAUCCACGAGGCUGCGACGAGGAGGAUUCUUCACCACGACCACCACAAGAACAAGACGGACAAGAAGGACAAGAAGAAAGACAAGAAGAACAAGAACUCUCCCCCCCCUCCCUCCCCUUCCACUCCCACCACUCCGACCAAGAAAGGCGGAAAGAAAACUCCCCCGACCCCCACAACCCCCGCCACUCCCGGCACCUCCGCGGGAACUCCCGCGGUGAAGCUGAGCGGCGCGGAUUCGAAGGUGACAUCGCUGCUGGAGGCGGCGGCGGUCGACGUCGAUAGCGCCAAGGCGAAACUGACGAUGAAGAUGUACGUUAAGAGCUUGACGGACACGGCGGCGGCGCUGCGCAACGCGGAGACGCUGAUCCGCACUGGGCAGCGCACGCUGGUGGCGGGGCAGAUCGACAACUCGAUCGCCACCAUCAACGGCGUCAGCAUGAUGCUCCCCGCUGGCGGCGCCGACAAGAGCCUGCUCGCCUCCGCGCUCGGCAAGGCGCAGGGCGCCAAGGCCGCGUGGAAGGCGUAA